AUGAAAAUGCUCUGGAAGCUGACGGAUAAUAUCAAGUAUGAGGAAUGCGAGUUGUGCUCCGGCGUUUGUGCCCGGAUACAGGGGGCUGAUUUGGGAAGCCUCCUUUGCACACAGAUAUUUCACAGCCCCGUGUCCCUCUCCAAGUCUAACAACAACGCCGUCUCCUCCAUCCCCAUCAACAAGGACACGCUCUUCGGCGGGGUGGUGAACCCCAACGAGGUCUUCUGCUCGGUGCCGGGCCGCCUCUCGCUGCUCAGCUCCACCUCCAAGUACAAGGUGACGUUUGGGGUAAUUUAUAGAAGGGGGCUGAAAUACAGCCCAGUGCUUGGUUCGUUUUGUUCUAAGCAUCUCUCUGUGUGAAACAGGGCGAAGUCUAAAAAUGGAGGGAGAUCUUUGAGAGAAAAACUGGACAAAAUAGGAUUAAACCUGCCAGCCGGGAGACGCAAAGCUGCUAAUGUUACCUUGCUCACAUCGCUAGUGGAGGGAGAAGCAGUACAUCUAGCUAGAGAUUUUGGGUACGUUUGUGAGACAGAAUUUCCUGCCAAAGCAGUAGCUGAAUUUCUCAACCGACAACAUUCCGAUCCAAACGAGCAAGUCACAAGAAAAAACAUGCUUCUAGCUACAAAACAGAUCUGUAAAGAGUUCACCGACCUGCUGGCUCAGGACCGAUCUCCCUUGGGCAACUCACGGCCCAACCCCAUUUUGGAGCCGGGCAUCCAGAGCUGCCUGACCCACUUCAACCUCAUCUCGCACGGCUUUGGGAGCCCCGCAGUGUGCGCGGCCGUCACCGCCCUGCAGAACUAUCUCACCGAGGCGCUCAAGGCCAUGGACAAAAUGUACCUCAGCAACAACCCCAACAGCCACACGGACAACAGCACCAAAAGCGGCGACAAAGAGGAGAAGCACCGAAAGUGAGGACUCCCCCAGCUCCUCUCCCUGCCCCCAGGUAGCCACCGCUCCGUGCAGCUCCCUCCUCCCUCUCCCCACAGCCCGCACCCCAGGAACGGACCCGAACCAGGGUCCUCCUGGCCAGCCUGUUCUCUGGCUCCCAGGACUGCUCUGCCCUCUCCC